AGCAGUGUUUACAUAUUAUUCGCUUAUAGCUCCGGCUCUUUUCGACUCAGUUCUCGUUCUUAUUCACAUUCAUUAUAUCAGUCUUUUAACAGGCUUAUCUACCCGUUUGCUCGACCAUUCUGCCGAUGGUCUCGAUCAAUAUUGCUGCCUGCUGCCCACCACCACGUCUUGAAAACACUCUAUACGAUCAACAUUCAAUCGAAUACGAUCUUACCCUUCUACUUGCGGAGAUGUCGUCACCAACUUCAACGGCUUCGUCCACGACUUCAUAUACGCCGUCUCUGACCGACUGCAUCUCACCUACAUCACCACUUCCAGAAAAGCAGUUGCUGUCAAUUAUAGACUCGGCAAAAGUACCGAGUCUCGCGUUUCUCCAGCUUAACCUUUCCCCGGAGACUAUUGCUUGUAUCACCGCAGCAACAUCUCCAUCCAUGAUUCCUCAACCCGUUUCUCCAGCCUUGAUCUUGCCAUCGAGUUCGGCUCAGACUUCCACUUUAGUCUCCCGACACUCAGAGAUUACAGGCCACCACGACUCUCAUACUGCACCCUUUCAAAUACCAACAGCAACAGGCCAAGGUCGCGACGCCCUACCUGCUGACGCCGUUGAUUAUAGCAGAACCAUCUGCUCGUUCUGGUACCACCACGGCGACUGCCGUCUUGUGCGCCGCAAUCCUCAUUACAUAUGCAGAUUCCGACAUUUCAUAUCCUCGCGGUUCACGCUUAUUCCGCCACCGGGGUUUGUGCAUCACCGCAUAUGCAUGCUUUCGCUGUGUCCUCUGCGGACUGUCUUCAGGGAUGAACCUGCCGUUCGUGGGAUGAACGCGCAUGGUGAUUUUAGUGCUGGAAGCCACUAUGAGGUUGAGCUACCGUAUUUUGAGAAGGAGAAAGACGAGAUACGUGGGCACGAUGAGCCUUCGUCACCAAUGGCCACAAACAAGCAGAGGCUCCCGUUGAGAACUACGAACAAUCGCAACAAUCAGACUGCGAAUCACCACUCUGCCCGUCGCGUCUCUAUGCGCGAACGUGAUGGCGCAAAGCGUCUACGUCGCAUCGAGCAUCGAAGGCGUGAAGCUGAGGCGAAGGAUCGGAAGAGAUUGGGGAUCGGGAAGGUGCGGAACACUCCGAAGUUCCGGAAACAAACAAAGGAUUUUGAUAGCGGUGAGCGGGCCAGGAUGCAGACAGGGGAGUUGAUGCAUAGCCGAGAUGCUCGCAGGGAGGGCAUGAAUAAAGGAGAUGUGGCACGAGGGGAACAACGAGCCCAGGGGAGGAAACAGAUGCGUGAUAUGCGUCAUUACGCCCAUCAGCAUGCUCAUCGUGGUCGCAACCAAACAGACACCCGAACCACCCAACUCCAUGACGCAAGAAACUACCCAGAAUCCUACUCCGUCAAGGAUCACCCACGCUACAACGUGCGUCCACUCCUCUCCAGCGUAUCCGCCAAAACCAUUCUCCAGGAUCAAGACGAAAAGGCUCCCAGUCAAGAAGAAGGUGAGAUCAACGAGAGCCCCGAGUGGUUCCUCCAAGGCUUUCCAGAGGCAAAUGAAGAAUCCACCAAGGCGUAUACUGAGAAGGAUAUCAAGGAUGGACUGGCGGAUGUUAGUCAAGGACUCAAAAAGACCGGGCAGUGGGCAUUUCUGUUUGGGCAGGGCCACAGCGGUGAGAUUUUGAUCAGUGAGCUUUGAUUGAGAGGCGUCUUGGGUUUGUGGCUUGUAUGCAACCGGAUCUAUAUUGGUCGCACUUAGAUCUAGCUCUGGAAAGUGAGCCCGGUGAUCUGAGAUGGGAUGUAAGUUAUACUGGGGUGAGGUGGGAGACAAGGAAUUGAGCCAUGCAUCUCUAUAGAUCUAUAAUGCAUAUAACGCAUAGCGAGCCUUUCGUACAGUCCUCACCAUG